AUGGGCGGUCCUUGUCCAAAAUCCCUCAUUUUCCCUCAAUUUCCCAAACAAUCCCUUAAUUUGGAAAGAUGGGUUUUGAUCCUCUUCCUAGUGGUUGUGGUUGUGGUCCUCCCCCUCCCCACCACGGCCACCGCCGUAAGUCCGUCGUCGAGCAUCUACGACCACCUGCGGCAGCAGGGCCUUCCCAUAGGGAUCCUCCCAAAAGGCAUAACGGAAUAUUCUCUAAACGGCAGCACUGGAGAAUUCCGGGUGUUGCUAGCGCAGCCGUGCCACGCCAAGUUCGAGAACCAGGUGCUCUACGAUUUCAACGUCUCGGGCGUUCUGUCUUUCGGGCGAAUCGCCAACUUAUCGGGGGUGUCGGCUCAGGAACUGUUCCUGUGGUUUCCAGUGAAGGGGAUCAGAGUGGAUGUGCCGAGCUCUGGCCUCAUUUACUUCGAUGUCGGCGUUGUUGACAAGCAGUUCUCUUUGUCCCUCUUCGAGUCACCCCCUGAUUGCACCGCCGUUGACCCUUCUGAUCCCAACCUCAAUCGAGCUGCUCACCACACCGACCACUACUCUCAUUCCCCAUCUGGGUCGUUGUCUAAGGAUGGGAUCACACUAGCCACCAGCUGCAAAUCUAUUUACUUUAAGAGACAAUUCAAUGAUGAUGUAAUAUCUCACCUCCCUAACAAGCUAUGCCCGAUUUAG